AUGACAGAAGUGAAAGGAACUCCCAUCAUUAAAGGUUCACGAACAAUGCAAAUAACUGGCUUAUAUAAAGGACGGGCAAUUAUUAUAAAAGACUCUUACAGUGUUAUAAAUAAGAAGCUUAAACUAUUUCCUGCUAUGUUUAACUUACAAACAGGACCGAAAGAAGUAUUUCCAUAUAACUACUACAGCAGUGUUUUGUUAGCAAAUGACAACAGAACUGGUGUCAUUUCUGAAGCAUGUAAGUUUAUCCAUGAUGCAGAUACAUUUAUGAAGAACAUAGAUUCCAUCAAAGGUUGCAGAAUAGAUGAAAACCACUUCGACUUAGAAAAAUAUAGCACGUUUUACUGCAAACAAGAUGUAAGAAUUUUAAGAGAAGGUUUUGUAAAGUUCCGCAAUGACUUAUUGAAAGAGUUUGAUUUAAACGUUUAUGACUACGUUAGUAUUUGUUCUAUUGCUAACAAAUUGUUUGAGAACAGAGUAUACUUCCCGAAUGGAAAUCUUUAUGACCUCUCAAAUAAACCAAG